CCCAGCCUGAGGUACCUAUCAAGUUGGAAGUGACUCGAAAGUCAAGUUGAUGGAAUGGCACUUGACGCGGCUUUUCAUCCCACCCUGGCUAUCAACCGAAUCACUCCACUGAUUAUACUCGGCAGGGCAGCUGGAUCAUCAAGGACCUUUAUCAAAGAGCGUGCGCCUCGGAUGUACACCCGCCUAGCAAGUCAACCGGCAAUCCCUUGGCCAUCGAUGAAAACGGCCUGACCAGGCAAUCAGUGAGAUGCAAUUUUCUAUCAUCAUCUCCAUGAUUUGAUUACCUCCUCUUCAAUCGUGUUCUCCGUUUCCAAGAUGUCGCUGCCCGGAAUAGGCAGAUCGUCAGCCCCCAGGUACCCGGUACCAACCACUUCCGUCGUGUCUCUCGAGCAUCCAUGCUUGGUCCUAAACCCGGACAAGGCUAUCCAAAUGGUGGGAGGCUCUAAAGAAAUUGCUCGGUCUCUCGACCCGGACAACGACAAACCCUUGGGACUAAAUUUCCAGCCAGAUGUUACUGCCCCUCGAACGGUGGUCUCUCAAAACAAAAAGACCGAUAAUGUUCUCCUCAAAUUCACAGUGCCCAAGAGGACGGGGAGAAAGAGGAAACGUGGUUCAGACGACCCUUUCGUUAAAGACGUGGCGGGUCCUCCUCCACAGAAAGACGUGGCAUAUCUCCUCCGGUCGUUGGAAGACAAUGUGGAUAGGCAUCAGAUCGAUGUUCUGGGCUCAAUAACAUCUACGCACAUAUGGCGAACUAUGCCUGACUUGAUGUAUACGACCCGUGGAUCUGAAUUUCUACAAGAUGUUCAGGCCAAAAUUCUCCCUCAGGAAUACUCGCUUCUCAAGGAAUGGUCCUUGCCCGAGACUUAUGGACUCACAGAUACCGAAGUCUUCCCUCCGCCCGCUCUUUCCACGCAAGGGCUGCCACUCAACUACACUUAUCGUCAAAAUCCCGCAGUAAAGACUGUGUCAGACCCUCUGACUGGCAAGAAAUCGCAACUCAAUACCCAGGCGCCUGUAAGGCUUCAUACAUACCAAUGCCAAUAUGACGAUGAGAAGUGGCCAGAUCGACCACAUCCCGAAUGUCCUCCACUGUCGGACUAUCCGGACAGUCACAAACAGUUGCAUGAACUGAUACAGCGGCUUUUCGAAGAACGGCCAUUAUGGACCCGUCGAGCUCUCAUCAAUCAGUUUCCCGAUGACGCUCCCUGCUUCGCUGCCAGCCAUAUGAUCUCGUAUCUCGCAUUUGCCAUUCGUUCAGGGCCUUGGAAGGAUACCUUCUGCAAGUUUGGCGUCGAUCCCCGGAAAGACCGAUCGUUUCGCAAAUACCAGAGUGUGAUGAUGCAGCUUCUCCUAAAAGGGGAAGGGUUUGACCGCCGUUGGACGAGAAGCAAGGAUAAGAGGUCCCACAUAUUUACAGGCAAACAGCCUUUUCCUCGAGAUGGUAAACUGUGGCAGCUCUGUGACCUGGAGGACCCUGAUCUGAAGCCCUUGGUUGAUACCCCCGAGAUCAACAUACGGCAUGAGUGCGACACGAGGUAUUUCGGCUGGUACAGUAAUGGAACUAUGGCGAAGAUCCGCAUCGCUCUGAAAGCGAAAUCGGAUGCACUCAUCGCCAACGAGACGUUGGAUCAGGCAGCCAUCAAGAACUUCUUGACUUUACCGGAUUCUUGGGAAGGAAUGGGCAUGACUGACUCCAGUGACCAGAUCAAAAGUUCCAUGGGUUUUCUUCCCAAAAACGCCUCAAAAAAGGAGCUGGAAUGGGCGGCCGCUUACCGAGCUCUUUGCCGGACAGUGGGCGGCUCAUUGCCAACUGCUGGCGGAAGCGGAAAAGGGCGACUGAGCAAGUCGAGGCCGUCCACAAGAUUGAGCUACAUCGAUUCUGGAGGGAAACCCGUAUCGGAAGCAUCUGGGAUUCCUGAGGAUUACGAUGAGCCUGACGAAGGUGAUGACCGAUCGCUCGAAGGACAAGAGGAAGUAGAUUACCCCUCGGAAAGAAGGUCUUCCAUCAACGAAGACGACUCUGCGGCGGUAUUGUAGGAUCAUGGGGGCUCUGCCUGCGGUUACCAAAUAGUGUCAUCCGAACGCUAGUGGUCAGAUUGAGGCAAAUCUGUAGUACCUAGGAACAUAGUCUCCGCCUGAGACCGAGGCAUGACUUGUUGGACUGUUAUUCCUCCUCGAUCGGUUGCUUCAUACACA